AUGCAGCUUCUUCUUCCCUUUGCUGGAUUGUCCCUUUCGGGCCUGGCAUAUGCUAGCUCAAGCAGCGCCAGCGCCUCUGCAACUCUAACCGGCUCUCUCGUCACUUCAUCGGGUACUCUUCAGGUUCCCAAGGGAGCUUCGUGUGCUUGUGCCAAGCUUUCUCGCUCAAUUCCCGGAAGCGUUAUCCUCCCUGGAUCGACAAACUAUACAACUCAGACCGUCGAUAAUUACUGGGAUAUUCGUGCGGACCUUUCUCCUGCGUGUGUUUUGGUGCCCAGUUCUGCUUCUGAGGUCUCCCAAGCACUCAAGAUCAUCACUUCCUGCGAUUCGCAGUUUGCCGUUCGUGGUGGAGGCCACAUGAACUACCCCGGAGCCAACAACAUCGAUGCCGGAGUUCUAAUUGCUAUGUCCAAAUUGAAUGCCGUCAAUGUUAAGAAUGAUACUGUGGAGGUUGGCCCUGGUCUCAACUGGUACCAGGUGUACUCUGCUCUUGAGCCUCAUGGCCGCGUUGCCAUCGGUGGCCGUAUGAAGACCAUUGGUGUCCCCGGUCUUACCCUGAUUGGUGGUUUCCAUUACUUCAACAACAAGUACGGAUACGCCAUGGACAAUGUGGUCAACUACGAAGUCGUUCUUGGCAACGGUACUCAGAUUACCGUCAACAAGAACUCGCACUCCGACCUCUUCUGGGCUUUGAAGGGUGGUGCCAACAACUUUGGAAUCGUUACCAAGUUCGAACUGAAGACUUAUGCCGUUCCCAAAGUCAGCACUACUAUCCAGGCGUACAACGAGACCCACAUCCCCCAGUAUCUGUCUGCUGUUUGCGAGGCCGCCAAACUGAACGACAUGGACCCCAUCGCUGCAGGCAUGAUCGCAACAAUCACCUACAACGCGACUACCAAGAUCGCACAGGGCUCUGUGCUGGGUGUGCAAGAGGGUGUUAGCAACCCCCCUUCUCAAUUCGCCAACUUUACCAAGAUUCCUGCCGUUCAGAGAAUCAACAAUGUCACCACCAUGAAGCCUUGGGCCAACGCACUUGAUUCCCCCAAGCAGAUGUUCCGCGUUCAAUUCUCCCACAAGACCAUGAAGCCCGAUGCCAAGGUUCUCUUCUCCAUCUACACCGCGUGGAAGGCUGCCGUUGACAAGAUCGCUGAUGUCCAGGGUCUUUACCCCACAUUUGUCACCAACGUCAUUUCUCCUACUUCAAUCCGCGUGGCCAAGACCAACGGUGUCGGCAACGUAUGGGGUCUCGAGGAGGAGCCUCUGAUCAUCUGGCAACUCAGCACCGGCUGGGACUUGGCCCAGGAUGAUCUUCGCAUGCAAGCUUGGUCUCAGCAAUUGUCUGAGCACCUCCACGGUCUCGUUAAGGAUUUGGGUCUUGCCUCUGAGUUCGUCUACAUGGGUGAUGCUGGCGAAUGGCAGGAUCCCUACGCUGGUUUCCCUGCUGAGAACGUGGCUCGCAUGAGAAAGAUCAGAUCCGCUUACGACCCUGCUGGAGUUUUCACCACUCUUAGCUGGGGUGGUUUCAAGCUAGGCAUGUAA